UGGUCGGGCUGCUGUGCGGCGGCGGGGUCUGGGCCUCGCGAGUUAACAAGCAUAAGCCAUGGCUUGAACCCACCUAUCAUGGUAUCAUUACGGAAAAUGAUAAUACAGUGCUCCUUGACCCUCCCCUGAUCGCCAUGGAUAAAGACGCACCUAUGCACUUUGCAGGUGAGAUUUGUGGAUUUAAAAUUCAUGGGCAGAAUGUCCCCUUUGAUGCAGUGGUAGUGGAUAAAACCACCGGUGAGGGACUGAUUCGCUCCAAAGAGAAACUGGACUGUGAGCUGCAGAAAGACUACACGUUCACAAUCCAGGCCUAUGACUGUGGGAAGGGGCCCGACGGCACCAGCGUGAAGAAGUCUCAUAAAGCAACUGUCCACAUUCAGGUGAACGAUGUGAAUGAGUAUGCACCUGUAUUCAAGGAGAAGUCCUACAAGGCGACAGUCGUCGAGGGGAAGCAGUACGACAGCAUCCUGAGAGUGGAGGCGGUGGACGCAGACUGCUCCCCGCAGUUCAGCCAGAUUUGCAGCUAUGAAGUUGUCACCCCGGAUGUCCCAUUUACUGUUGACAAAGAUGGUUAUAUAAAAAACACAGAGAAGUUGAACUAUGGGAAAGAACAUCAGUACAAGCUGACAGUCACUGCCUAUGAUUGUGGGAAGAAAAGAGCCACAGAAGAUGUUUUGGUAAAGAUCAGCAUCAAGCCCACCUGCACCCCUGGGUGGCAAGGAUGGAACAAUAGGAUUGAAUAUGAACCUGGCACUGGUGCUUUGUCCCUCUUCCCCAACGUCCAUCUGGAGACAUGUGACGAGCCUGUCGCCUCUGUCCAGGCCACGGUGGAGCUCGAGACCAGCCACAUAGGCAAAGGCUGUGACCGCGACACCUAUUCUGAGAAGUCCCUUCACCGGCUCUGUGGUGCUGCUUCCGGCACUGCCGAGCUGCUGCCCUCCCCAAGCAGCUCCCUCAACUGGACCGCCGGCCUCCCCACUGACAACGGCCACGACAGCGACCAGGUCUUUGAGUUCAAUGGCACGCAGGCAGUGAGGAUCCCAGAUGGCGUCGUUUCAGUCAACCCGAAAGAGCCUUUUAUGAUUUCUGUGUGGAUGCGGCAUGGGCCUUUUGGCAGGAAGAAAGAGACCAUUCUUUGCAGUUCAGACAAAACAGAUAUGAACCGGCACCAUUAUUCACUCUAUGUCCAUGGUUGCCGGCUCAUUUUCCUCCUCCGUCAGGAUCCUUCAGAGGAGAAGAAAUACAAGCCUGCAGAAUUCCACUGGAAGUUGAAUCAGGUCUGCGAUGAGGAAUGGCACCACUACGUCCUCAAUGUGGAAUUCCCAAGUGUGACUCUCUACCUGGACGGCGUUUCUCAUGAGCCUUUCUCUGUGAUGGAGGAUUACCCACUUCAUCCAUCCAAGAUAGAGACUCAGCUCGUGGUUGGAGCUUGUUGGCAAGGUGGCGACCUGCACAUGACCCAGUUUUUCCGAGGUAAUCUGGCUGGCCUAACGAUCCGUUCUGGGAAACUUGCGGAUAAGAAGGUGAUCGAUUGUCUAUAUACCUGCAAAGAGGGGCUGGACUUGAAAGUCCCCAAAGACAGCGGCAAAGGCAUGAAGAUCCAAGCAAACCCCAGUCAGUCCAUGUUGACCUUGGAGGGCGAGGAUAUUGGGGAGUUGGAUAAGGCCAUGCAGCAUAUUUCCUACCUGAACUCUCGCCAGUUCCCCACUCCUGGAAUCCGGAGACUCAAAAUCACCAGCACGGUCAAGUGUUUCAGUGAGGCCCCCUGCAUCUCCAUCCCCCCAGUGGAUGGCUAUGUGAUGGUUUUGCAGCCGGAGGAGCCCAAAAUCAGCCUGAGUGGCAUCCACCAUUUUGCUCGGGCGGCGUCCGAAUUUGAAAGCUCAGAGGGGGUGUUUCUCUUCCCUGAGCUUCGAAUCAUCAGUACCAUCACGAGAGAAGUGGAGCCCGAACGGGAUGAUGACGAGGACCCCACAGUUCAAGAGUCCCUGGUGUCUGAGGAGAUUGUGCAUGACCUGGAUACGUGUGAGGUCACCGUGGAGGGAGAGGAACUGAACCAAGAGCAGGAGAGCCUAGACGUGGACAUGACACGCCUGCAGCAGAAGGGCAUUGAGAUGAGCAGCUCCGACCUGGGUGUGGUUUUCACAGGCGUGGACACCAUGGCCAGCUAUGAGGAGGCGCUGCACCUGCUGCGCUACCGCAACUGGCACACCAGGUCCUUGCUUGACCGCAGGUUCAAGCUCGUCUGCUCAGAGCUGAAUGGCCGCUACGUCAGCAACGAAUUCAAAGUGGAGGUGAAUGUAAUCCACACGGCCAACCCCGUGGAGCAUGCCAGCCACUUGGCUGCACAGCCACAGUUUGUGCACCCUGAGCACCGCUCCUUCGUUGACCUGUCGGGGCACAACCUGGCCAGUCCCCAUCCCUUUGCAGUCGUUCCCAGCACUGCCACUGUUGUGAUUGUUGUGUGCGUCAGCUUCUUGGUUUUCAUGAUUAUCCUGGGAGUGUUCCGGAUCCGGGCUGCCCACCAGCGAACCAUGAGGGACCAGGAUGCAGGGAAGGAGAGCGAGAUGGACUGGGACGACUCUGCCUUGACCAUCACUGUAAACCCCAUGGAGACUUACGAGGACCAGCACAGCAGCGAGGAGGAGGAGGAAGAGGAGGAGGAGGAGAGCGAGGAGGGUGAGGAGGACGACGACAUCACUAGUGCCGAGUCGGAGAGCAGUGAGGAGGAGGAAGGGGGGCAUGGGGAGCAGGCGGGCGCCAGCAGGCAGCAGCAGCUAGAAUGGGAUGACUCCACUCUCAGCUAUUGACCUUGGGGCAGCAGCUGCGGCUCCUCCACGGCCCUUCUCUUUUCUGCUCCCGAAGACUCUGCCACUCCCACCCUACUCGUCCCAAGGAUCCACGAUGUACAAAAUCAUUCGGCCAGUAGGUCUGCAGACCCUCCCUGGUGCCUGUUGUCCACCCCUGCUUGGUGUAUAGGACUUAGAUACCCCUCCCUGCCUGGAUCUCAUCUAAAUUACGUGAGGAGCGACCCCCAUGCCCUCCGCCGUCAUCUCGCUCGGCGUAGUGACCCUCUGUGCUUGGACACGCACACAUGGUGUCCACAGGCCCCUCUUGGCCUGUGAGGACGCGGCCGCUGGCACCUCCCGGAGCCGCACGGACAGACAGACUUACUGACCAAGGGUAACGUUGCUCACUCCCACCUGGUAACCAGUUUUCUUUUUUUUUUUUAAAAAGAAGUUUUUAUUUUUUCCAAACUAGUGCAUGUAUAAAAUGGCAAAAUGGGGGUUAAUAUGUAGAUGAUUAACUGACUUUUUAAUAUUCUGUAAAUAAAUUGGAAUUCUGUUGUGUCCGUUGUGCUAAUGUAAUCAAGGACUGGAAUUUAAAGUGAAAUUCAGAUUACUGAGUGCAGUGGAGACCCUCAUGGGCUCACUGCUCCCACCAGCCUACCCACCCUGCCGAGAACAAGGAGAAGCCUGUCCCCCACCCAGGUACCUAGGUCCCGCAGGGGCCCACACCCUACUGGGUACAAUCCAGCCUCAGGUCUCCGAGUGUGGGUGGGGCAGCCUGCUGGGGGCACAGGUUUUGUGUACUGCUUGGCUGGGGAGACUGGCUGGGGGGCCCUUCUGUGGAGGCUAGACAUAGCCAAGUCUUUUGGGGGAUUCUCCCUGUUUCUGAUUUGGCGGGGGGUAGGUGGGAGGGAGUUGCUGGGUUCACUGGCCUGUUACAUACUCCUUGUACAGUCAUCUGGACUUUUCUUGUGCAGCCUUGCUGUUUAUACUUAAUGUAUUUUUCCCUGCUGACAACAUACUGUAUAGAUGACACAAACGGACAACCAUUGGGCAAACUGUUUGGGCACUGGGUCUGGGGACAGCAGCAGGCCUGAGCGAGCCAGACUCAGGAUGGCCGAGGAGCAGAUGGGCUGCAAAGAGCCUCCCCAGACAAUGGCCAUGCACUAGAUUUUCCCCAACAGCUGUUGCCCCUCCAGCCUCCCCAGGGUGACCCUGCCCCGGGCGUCACAGCCACACCCAGUCAGUGGCAAGGAGGGAGAGGAGAGGAGAACAGACAGGACUGAAACCCACACGGCCACUUUUUUUUCUUUUUUAAUUUAAAUGUAAAAUUUUAGGUUUCUAAAACGGUGCAGGGGGGUGGAUAAUUUUGAAUACUGUCCUGUGAUCGUAACUGCUAGUUUCAAGAAAAUGGACGGUUGUCCUGUGCUCCUGUGUAACCAUCCUCCAUAUCCUGCCACCGUAGCUGCUCUGUCUAGACCACUGAUAACCGAACAUGGAGAGGGGACCGUGCUCCUGUCAGUAGCCACCCCGGGUGUCGCUCUUCAGAUGUGUAAAUUGAUGCGCGGUCAGAAAGUGUAUACGCUACAAUAAAGUUCCGGUUCUAACUCCGCUCGGAGCGGCU